AUCUUCUAACGUUUUUAUAUUAAAAAAGCGAGAAUAUUCCUCGCAAAUCGGUGAGUGAUCGGUCGGGAGAUCGGUGAUAUGUGUCGCGUUGGCUCGUUGAGCCUCGAUGUGCUUGAUUCAGCGAGCAUGAAGCAUCCAUCGAGGUCACCGGGACUCGAGGUUGCUAUGGCACUCUUCGGCAUGGUCUGGCUGCUACGAGUUCGUUCGGAGAUGCGUCGUUGCUCGAAGUGCCGACACGAGGAGAUGCUUGCUAGCCAGCAACAACAUCAACAACAGCAGCAGCAGCAACAGCAGCAUCAACUUCAGCAACAUUCGCAGCACCAACACCAACAACAGCAACAACAACAGCAGCAACAACAACAACAACAACAACAACAACAGCAGCAGCUGCAGCAACAACGUCAUCAGCAACGUACGUUGUCGCAGGCAACAGGUCUUAUUCAUACACCCGAUGAUGUUCUCACAUCUUCAGCCAACACCCUUUACACUUUGGACACUCCAGGUGCUGCUGGACCAGCUGGCAGUUAUUGCGAGGUUCACGGAUACGUCCAGGCUAAAGAAGAUAUUCAAGAGUUUUAUGAGCUGACGUUACUAGACGAAUCGAAAUCGGUCCAGCAGAAAACGGCGGAGACGAACCGCAUCGCUGCCAAAUGGGAAGCAAGCGAUGGACCAAUCACGCCGACCUUCGGUCAGAAUGACGAUGGUCCUGCAUCAGCCUGCCCGUUGACCCAGACUCUGUUGAACAUUUACGGCCGCAGGUCGAGCAGACCUGACGUUCCAGGUCCCAUUGAUGAGAAUCAGAAGACACGAUACAACACUGGGGGUGUGGAGGAACAAUUACCACCACCACCGUCACCGCCACAGGUGAAGGAAACAACCCAAUUGGAUGGAGUUCCGAGACCAAAUUCAAUUGAACGUAUUAUUCAUCCUGAUUCCACUACUCAACACAUCCUUACGAGCCAUGAAACGUUGAACAAGAGCCACGACAGUUGGCAAGGACACGACGGCGAUCAGGCACACACACCUCUGCUCGCGGCGGACACGAGACACGUAAACGGCGACGAUGAUUGGGAGUACGAGGAGAUCGUGUUGGAAAGAGGUGGGGCCGGUUUGGGUUUUAGUAUCGCCGGAGGUACCGACAAUCCUCACUUUGGUAACGACACAGCGAUUUACAUCACCAAACUCAUACCAGGAGGUGCAGCAUCCGCGGAUGGACGUUUACGUGUUAACGAUACGAUCCUUCAGGUGAAUGAUGUCUCCGUCGUCGACGUACCCCAUGCGGCCGCCGUAGAUGCCCUCAAACGUGCCGGCAAUACCGUCAAAUUGUACGUUCGCCGGCGGAGACACACGCAGCUGAUGGAAAUCGAAUUGAUCAAAGGAAAUAAAGGUCUCGGCUUCAGUAUCGCUGGCGGUAUUGGCAAUCAGCAUAUACCUGGUGACAAUGGAAUAUACGUUACAAAAAUUAUGGAAGGUGGAGCUGCACAAGUGGAUGGUCGUCUAGUUGUUGGGGACAAAUUGGUAGCUGUCAGAAAUGCCAUGCAGGGCGACAAGAAUCUUGAGAACGUGACGCACGAGGAAGCUGUGGCUACUUUGAAGGCAACCCAGGACCGUGUUGUUCUUUUGGUGGCUAAACCUGAAGGCACCAUACCUCCACCACCACCAGCUUCAGAUCGUUCAGUUUCACCACAACCACGUAAACAAAAUGGAGCAGUGUCGGCGUUGGAGAAUAAUUCUACGCUACCGUAUUCCCAAGAAUCUCGUCAUGCGUCGUCUCUCGCGCUUCACGGCGUCGCGACGCCUCGUGCCGUUUCACAGGAAGACGUAUCUCGAGAAGUUCGUACGGUCGUUUUGAACAAAGGCUCCUCGGGUCUGGGAUUUAACAUCGUAGGUGGCGAAGAUGGCGAGGGUAUUUUUAUUUCAUUCAUCUUAGCCGGUGGACCAGCCGAUUUGAGCGGUGAACUUCGUCGUGGCGAUCAAAUUCUCAGUGUCAAUGGCAUCAACCUACGAACGGCCACCCACGAGGAGGCUGCCGCGGCCCUUAAGGGCACCGGUCAAACAGUGACAAUCGUUGUACAGUACAAGCCAGAAGAUUAUAAUAGAUUCGAGGCUAAGAUCCAUGAUCUCAAACAACAAAUUUCUCAACAGAAUAUGAUGACAGGUACCCUCAUGAGGACCUCGCAGAAAAAAUCACUUUACGUAAGAGCCCUAUUCGAUUACGACCCUAAUAAGGACGACGGAUUGCCGAGUCGUGGAUUGGCAUUCCGUUAUGGAGAGAUCCUUCACGUGACGAACGCAAGCGACGACGAAUGGUGGCAGGCACGAAGAGUAACUCCUCAGAAUGAAGAAGAAGGGCUUGGUAUAAUUCCAUCGCGUAGGCGAUGGGAACGUAAGCAACGUGCCAGGGAUCGUUCGGUCAAGUUUCAGGGUCACAUGCCGGUCAUUCUUGACAAGCAAUCGACGUUGGAUAGGAAAAAGAAGAAUUUCUCGUUUAGCAGGAAGUUUCCCUUCAUGAAGAGCAAGGACGACAAGUCCGAGGAUGGUUCGGAUCAAGAACGGUCGCCCACAACACCUGAGAAUGAAACCGAUCCUACUCCAUUCAUGCUGUGCUACACCCAGGACGACACUAACACUGAAGGGAGUAAAGAAAUUUUGUAUCGCGUUGAACUGCCCUAUAUGGAAGAACUGACAUUAGUUUAUCUGGAAAAGGAGUACGUUGAUGAUGAAAAUUGUGACGAGCUUUGCAGCGAAGAGAACGUACUCUCGUACGAGCCAGUCCAACAACUCACCAUUCAGUAUACACGUCCGGUCAUCAUUUUGGGAGCUCUUAAGGAUACUAUCAACGAUGACCUCAUAAAUGAAUUUCCUGAUAAAUUUGGCAGCUGCGUACCUCACACGACGAGGAGUAGAAGAGAAAAUGAGGUGGACGGACGUGAUUAUCACUUCAUUGCAUCCAGAGAACAAAUGGAAAGAGAUAUUCAAAAUCACUUAUUUAUAGAAGCAGGACAAUACAAUGACAAUCUUUAUGGAACGUCUGUUGCAUCUGUUCGAGAGGUUGCCGAGAAGAGAAAGCACUGUAUUCUUGAUGUCAGCGGAAAUGCUAUCAAGAGGUUACAAGUAGCACAACUUUAUCCUAUUGCCAUAUUCAUAAAGCCGAAGUCAGUCGAGUCCGUAAAGGAAAUGAAUAAAAGAACGACCGACGAACAAGCUAAGAAGACUUACGAACGUGCUCUUAAAAUGGAGCAGGAGUUUGGGGAAUACUUUACUGCCGUCGUCCAAGGAGACACACCAGAAGAGAUCUACGUAAAAGUAAAAGAAGUAAUCUCCGAACAAAACGGACCCAACAUUUGGGUGCCUUGUAGGGAUCAGCAACUGUGACGUCCUGCCCCCCACGCCCUCCCUGGCCCCAAUGCUUGGACCCUACCUCCAAGGCGUCAAGCUUAAUUCAUCUUGAUCAAAUAAUUAAGUAACACUUUAACGCCUUCCCCCCUGACCCCUGAACCACGCCCCCGCCCCCGCCCCCCAUCUUCACGAUAUCCACCCACCUAAGUAGCACAAUGUCGUCGUAGCUCUAACGGAGAAAAGAAAAGAAUCCGAGAAUAGUGCGUAUAAUAAAUGUGAAUAAAAAAAUGCUGAACCGUAUUGAGA